UAUUUUUAAUUAAAUUAAAUAAAAUAGCAAUUGGCGUUCAGAUCAGAUCAGAUGGGGGGUUCGCGAGCGCUGAAAAUCUACCCAAAAACCUUCGCUACUCUCAACCCACCUUCAAUUGUUCUCUCGAGAUUUCCACAGCUGCAAAUCACCCAAACCCUCAAUCUUCGUCCCUUCCGCUGUGCACUGACCGCGCCGACGAGGUAUAGGAGUGAGAGCAGGACCAAUAUCCCGAGUGGCUUGUCUUUUAAUUGGGGCUUGCAGAGCUUUUUGAAACGUAGGGUUUUCGCCAUGGCCGGCGCACCUGGAUCCGUUCGCAAAUCGGAGGAGGAGUGGCGAGCUGUUCUUUCUCCGGAACAGUUUCGUAUUUUACGGCAGAAGGGCACCGAGUUCCCGGGCACUGGAGAAUACGACAAGGUUUUCCAGGAGGGCAUUUACAACUGUGCAGGAUGCGGAACUCCCCUCUACAAGUCGACUACCAAAUUCAACUCCGGGUGUGGUUGGCCUGCAUUCUUCGAGGGUCUCCCAGGAGCCAUAAAUCGAACGCCUGAUCCUGACGGUAGGAGAGUCGAGAUCACGUGUGCGGCGUGUGGGGGACAUCUCGGACAUGUGUUUUCCGGCGAAGGGUUUCCGACGCCGACGGACGAGCGCCAUUGUGUCAACAGUGUAUCACUUAAGUUCACUCCGGCGAACUCCAACUCUUCCAAAUAAAUGAUGCACACAACACGGCCGUGCUCAUGGUUUUGUGCUCCCUUCGAAUUUUAGUUUAUUAACGCCUGCCAUGCCCUGUAUUAAAAAUAAAAAUAAAAUAAUCUGUAAUCAAGAUGAUGUCAAUGUAUUAUAUUUUCUGUUUUAUAAAUUUGUUUUCAUCUA